UCAAGUAAUUUUAGUUUACAAUUUGUAACAACCCGUUCUCCAGAACAACACAUCCCAGCCCAUUCAACCGGCACGCCCACUUACAAAUAUCACCCACACUUACACUUUCAUUUUCGCUUCAUGUAAAAUAGUCAACACGAAAAUGAUAUGGUUAGAAGGGCAGUGCCUUACAAGUUGGUUGCACUCUUGCUUAACUAGCAAGACGGUACUACUGAAGUGCACACAACGCUUAUAGACAACACAUAUCACAUUCUUUCAAUAAAACAUAGGCCAUAUCCUAAUCGAACUAGGAUGUCACAGACACCCCUCAAAGGACCUGACGUCCCCGUCGGUCCAACAUGUGUAUAGACAAAUGUCACAGACACCCCCUUAAAGGACUUGACAUCCCCGUUGGUCCAACAUGCGUAUAGACAAAUGUCCAGAAACAUGACCCUUUUAGCACACGUUUGUUCGUCCAAUGAUCGAAACUAACUUAAAACAUUCCCAAACAAAUUAUUGAUAUACACAUAUUUAGAAGAGAAUUUUUUUUAAAAAAAAUCAUAUAUACAUAAACAUUCAUAACAAAAUUUUAAACACCACUAAAUAAGAUACUCGCGCUGCUGAUGCGCGGGCUACCUUCCUAGUUAAAAUUAAAAUACGGAGAGAGUACUAACUAAAUUUGGAAAGGGAAUUAAACUACGGAUACGUUUUAUCACAGCAAAGGCGAGACACGCGCUCAUAUUUCAAAACUGAAACCUUCCAAACAAUUCAAUCUGCAAAGAUAAUUGAAAAGUAAACUUGUUGACAGACGGAAUCCAGCCCGUUACCUCUCCCACUACCACCGAAUCCUACCCAUACACGUGUCCCCAAAAUCAAUCUCUCCCCAUCCCUAAAACGGCGGCAUCUCCAUCCUGGAACCAGACAGAACGCCGCCAUGGAGAACUCCGCCGCCGACGCCGCCGCCGCUGCGGGUGGUGCCGACGUGAUCUACAUCUCCUCCGACGAUGAGGACGAAGAAAUCCGCAUCCUCUCCGCCGAUCCUUACAGUCCCGAGGAGAUCCAAAUACAGGAGGUCAUCCUCCUCUCGCUCGACUACUCCCGUGCCGCCGCCGCCGACGCCGACACCGCCCAGUCCUCCGCCUCCUCCUCUCGCCCCUCCGCCGCCGCCUCCACCUUCGGUGAACCCUCCUCCCUCCCCGACCGUAAGGGCAAGAGCAAGCUAUUAUCGGAAGAUGGCCCGAGCGAAUCGACGACGACGAGGCGGUGGCGGAAGCGCGGCUUCACGUGCAUCAUCUGCAUGGACAAGGUCCAGGCCUCGGAGGAGUUCCUCGUCAACGUCUGCUCCCACGCCUUCUGCAAGAGCUGCAUCGGGGGCUACGUCGCCGCCAAGGUCUCCGACAACGUGGCCGCGAUCGGGUGCCCCGACCCCGGGUGCGAGGAGGGGUCCGUCGAGAUCGGCCAGUGCAGGGACAUCGUCCCGCCGGAGCUGUUCGGCCGGUGGAGCGUCUCGCUGUGGGAGUCCUCGAUGGGGGAGACGACGAAGUGCUACUGCCCGUUCAAGGAUUGCUCGGCGAUGCUGAUCAACGACAACGGCGACGGCGGCGACGCGGAGGAGAUCGCGGAGACGGAGUGCCCCCACUGCCACCGGAUGUUCUGCGCGAGCUGCCGCGUGCCUUGGCAUGAUGGGAUCGACUGCAAGGAGUUCAGGAAGCUGGGCAACGACGAGAAGGGUAAGGAGGAUCUGAUGUUGAAGAAGCUGGCUGGGAAGAAGAAAUGGCAGAGGUGUCCUCAGUGUAGGAUGUACGUGGAGAAAUCAGCGGGAUGCACGUUCAUGAGGUGCAGGUGUGGAUUUUUCUUCUGCUACAACUGCGCAGCUCCCAUGACCAAAUUAGUGCAUUACUGCAAGAAAUGCAACCGUUGAAUUCAUGAAUUUGACGAGCACGUACGCAUCAGUCCAAGGUCGUAAAAUCAGGUGACUCCGAAUCUAUGCCGGGUCUGGCGGCGAUGGUGGCAGCACUCUCCCCUCCUCUCAUACAUGGCCAUCGGUGAUGAGAUGGCGGUGACUUGUUUGGCAGGUGCUACCGGGACCGGAGGGAUUGUUUGCUGCGGUGGUGGCUGCCCUCCCUCUCAUGCAUUGUGUCCGGCUGACGAUGGAGAGGUGUAUGGUGGCUUGGUGGAGUGGCGAUGGCCCUUGCAGAGGAGCAUGGCAACUUGGUGGUCGAUGGCAUCAUGGCAGCAAGGUACAACCUAGCACUGGUGGAGAAACCCUUUGUAGUCCCUGUUCGUAACCCCCUUUUAGUCCCGGUUUCCAAACCGGGACUACCAAUCCGGGACUA